GGCAUCAUUAGUGACAUCAUAACCAAGCGCCGAAUGUUUACGUAUAAUUACCGCACUACUUUUGGUAUGCUUUGGUGAAACCGUUAAAAUAAAUAAAAACCUGCUGAAAACUAGAAACUGAAACCACAUAUUUUUCGAAGAGGUUGCUUUACCACGUUCUGACGAUUUAUUUUUGUUUGGGAGGCUAACUAGUAGCAGUAAACCAGGUAUUUGCACCUUCCAUAACAGUGUGGAUAGUGUUGCAGUUAGCUUGAAGCUAACUAACUCUGUCAGAGGAGACAGUCUGAGAGCUUGACCAGGCCCCUGCUUGGAAGAUGGACAGUGAAAUCCAACGAGAUGGGAGAGUCCUGGAUCUCACUGAUGAUGCCUGGAGGGAAGACAGGCUGCCGUAUGAAGACGUCACCAUCCCUCUGAGUGAAUUGCCUGAGGCUGAGCAGGACAAUGGAGGCUCCACAGAGUCUGUGAAAGAGCAAGAGAUGAAGUGGACAGACCUCGCCCUGCAGAGCCUGCACGAAAACACACCGAGCACUGGCAGCUGAAAGUCUAAUGUGGAAUCAGUCUGCGGUACAUAAACAUAAAUGCAGGUGGACACUGGAUUCAGACACAUGUAAUUCACCAUCUUUUUGCAUUUUUACUGAAGUAUUUACAACAUGUUCAAGCGAAGCAGAGAUGAAGCAAAAUGUAUUUUGCAUUGUAUAUAUUGGGUUUGUAAUCAAUUAUUCAUAAAUAAAUAAACCAAUUUGUAACAACAUAAAUGGAAAAGGGUCACAGACAAUUGCCCUGCCUCUGUCAUCUGAUAAGUUUGUUGAUAUUUGCUGUGGAAUCUGAAAUGUGAGGACAGUGGUGGUAAACACACAGAUACUGUAUUUGCAUAGUAAAAGAAAAAACCUCCAUCAAUCCUAUUACAAAGA